GGAAGCAAAGGAACAAGCCUUGUAUUCAUUAAUAGCCGGGCUUAAUAUUACCGUGACUCUAAUGUGGAAAUAAUCUUUAAAAAAGGAUCAUGGUUUGGAAAUACAUCUUAUUCGCCGUUUUAUUCGCGUGUUACGUUUGUGGGAUUGACAACAAAGACAUUUCCAAUGGACAUACAUUUAAACUCUCCAAGUACUCCAUUGUAAAUCCUCAGCGGAUUCACAGAUGGACACGGAGCAUCAACAGUCCACCAAAAGAGAAAGAUGGAGAUGAGACGAUAUCAUAUGCACUUUACAUAAACAACAGAACGCACAUCCUUCAUCUAAGAAAGAACAGAGAAUUUUUACACCCAAACUUUGUUCAGUAUUCAUAUGGCGCCAACGGUAACCACGUGACGUCAUAUCCAAAACUGCACGUGCACUGCUAUUACCACGGAGAGGUGGAGGGAUAUGAGGAUUCACUAGUCGCUCUCAGCACAUGCUCCGGCCUCAGGGGUGUGAUCUUUUUUGGAAAUGAGACGUUUGGGCUUGAGCCUGUGCCACAGUCUUCCACCAACGAGCACCUUCUGUACCUCCUGAAGGACACUCAGUCGGAGCCCGUCACGUGUGGGGUCGUCAAUGAGGCUUCGUCAACGCAAAGCCACGAACCCUUUGAGCCUGGCAAAUCGCUGACGUCACUGCUGCGGAGAAAGCGCAAUUUACCUCAAACCAGUUAUGUGGAGCUGGCACUUGUGGUGGAUCAUCUCAGGUUUAAUCAUAACAAACAAAAUGAGACUGCGGUACGAGAGGAAAUGGUGGACCUGGCAAAUCUACUGGAUGGGUAUUACAAGCAGCUGAAUAUCCGUGUGGUGCUGGUGGGCCUGAUUGUUUUUAAGGAUGAGAAUCCCUUCAGCGUGGAGGGCGGUGCAGGAGAGGUGCUGGGAAGGUUUGUCAAGUGGAGGAAGAAUACUCUGAUUCCAAAGUUAAGGAAUGACCUGGCUCAACUCAUUGUUGGCCGUUCCAAGCCAUAUGAUGGAGGUGUACUGGGAAUGGCCUUCGUGGGCACGGUCUGCUCCCAAGCGACCGCAGGAGGAAUCAAUGUGUACAGCGACGACAACCUGCGUGCUCUCUCCUCUGUGGUGGCCCAUGAGAUGGGCCACAAUCUGGGCAUGAAUCACGACGAUACCCGCUGCACCUGCGAUGGAAAAAGUUGCAUCAUGGCAGCCUCUGCGGGUGGUUCUACCACUUUUAGCCGCUGCAGUGGACAAGACUUUGAGACGAUGGUCAUUCGCGGGGGAGGCAUGUGUCUGAAAAACCAGCCGUCCCCGUCAGAUGUGGUUGGAAUCGCUGAAUGUGGCAAUGGCCGGCUGGACAAAGGAGAGCAGUGUGACUGUGGCAAACCAGAGGAAUGUGACAAUAACUGCUGUGAUGCUGCCACCUGCAGAUUUACACGUGGGGCUGCCUGUGCUCAGGGGGACUGCUGCGAAAACUGUCAGCUCAAAGUUUCUGGAGCACCGUGCAGAAAGUCUGUCAACACCUGUGAUCUUUCUGAAUACUGUGAUGGAAAGAAUGCUUUCUGCCCAGAGGACUUCUACGUCAUGGACGGCCUGCCCUGUAAAGACAGACAAGUUUCUGCGUACUGUUAUGAAGGCCGAUGCCAGACAUAUGAUUACCAGUGCAGACAUCUGUUUGCACCAGAUCCAGCAAGAAAGGCAGCGGAUAUUUGUUUUGAGAAUGCAAAUACAAGGGGAAACGAAUUUGGAAACUGUGGAGCACAGGGCAAAGGCUAUAUCAAAUGCACUGUAGCAAAUUCCAUGUGUGGAAAGUUGCAGUGUGUUGACGUUGACCUCAACAACCCCCCUACUGGUGCCCAAGUCAGUGUUGAAGAAGUUCAAGGGUCAAAGUGUAUCAAUGCACAUUUCAACCUUGGUUCAGAUGUACAGGAUCCCGGCUACGUGAAUGCGGGCAGCCCUUGUGAGAAAGGAAAGGUCUGCUUGGACUUUCAGUGUGUGAACGCCUCUUUUCUGCUGCCCAACUUGGACUGUGAUGCACAGAACACCUGCAGCAACCGAGGGGUAUGUAAUGACCAAGGGCAUUGCCACUGUAAAGACGGCUGGGCACCACCCAGAUGUGACAAGGCAGGGCGAGGUGGCAGCAUAGACAGCGGUCCUGCUCAGAUAGAUUACUCCCUAAGGAACGGCCUGUUGAUCUUCUUCCUGUUGGUGGUUCCAGUUCUGGUCCUUCUCAUUCUGGUACUGCUCUUUGUCUUCAGGAGAGACUCACUGGACCCGUGCCUGAAAGGAGCCAGCCGCCUCAAGCCACGUAAUGCUCGAAAUGGAAAUACAAAUGGACAGCCGAGCAGCAAUGUUCAGACAAGUGCCGCAACCCAGCCUCCAGCACAGCCUCCCUCACAUGGGUCUGGAUAUCCACCAGCAACCUCAGUUCCAGUUGCCGGUUUCAGGUAUGGAGAACUGGAUUAUUGGAAUUCAGAGGAAAAAGCUGCUCCAGCACAACCAGCAGCUCCUCAGCAGGGCCCUGGAGUCCCCAAACCAAUCCCACCUAAGCAGCUACCCAGCUGAUUCUCUUUUUAUACAAAGUGUUUUCAUUUGUAUCGUGAAUGAAUGGAGAUUACUACAGCUCAAUACAGUAUAAAGGGACAAUUCUAAAACACUGUGAUAACAAUAGAGUCAUUGAACUUGUUGCCAGCACCUUUUUUGAGGUGGACUGUAGUAACCUGGUGGUGGUGGAUGAGGCUGGUGUAAAUAUUGGAAUAUGUGUGUUUUAUUAGAUUCCUGUCAUACUCAUUGUACAUUCAUGCACAUAUGAUUUUUUAAAAAUAUAUGGAUUUUUUUGUAUU